UGGGGGGACAGGCUUAGAAGCCGGUGGUCCGCUGGAGUCAGGUUUCAGCCCACCCUUCUUUUUUUUUUUUAGGGAAGCUGAUGCACUGAAGCUGCCUUUGUUUGGACCGGGAGUGAGGGGAGGAGAGAGGGAGGGAAAGAGGAGGAGGAGAAGUAACAUUUUUAAGCUUGGCGCAAACCCGCAGGAGUCAGAGUGGACUCCAUCUCUCGCACAUGAGCAGGAUCUAAUCGCCAUCAUUCAAAGCUUGGCAAGAUGAUCUCACGGAUUUCUCCCUGGUUUGUUGGAUUAUUUCUCAACGUGCUGAGCUGCUCCUCCGGGUACCAGCUGGACGACCAAGGCUCUCAGGGAGAAUUGAACCUGACCGAGCUGAUCGGCGUCCCCCUCCCGCCUUUCGUGUCCUUCGUCACGGGCAUGCACGGCUACCCCGCCUACAGCUUUGAAACGGACGCCAACGUGGGCCGCCUCACCAGGUCGUUCAUCCCCGACCCCUUCUACUACGACUUUGCCAUCACCGUCACGGCCAAGCCCACCACGAGGCGAGGCGGCGUCCUCUUCGCCAUCACGGACGCUUCCCAAAAAGUGGUACAGUUGGGCGUGGCGCUGUCCGAGGUGGAGGACGGUUCUCAGAGGGUGAUCUUCUAUUACUCUGACCCCGCCACAGGAGGCAAGACGCAGGAAGCAGCUUCCUUCAAGAUGGGGGACAUGACGGGAAGGUGGGCCAGGUUCACCAUUACGGUGCAAGGCGCAGAGGUGCGGCUCUUCAUGGACUGCGAGGAGUACCACCGCGUCGCCUUCACCAGGAGCCCCCAGCCUCUGACCUUCGAGACCAGCUCGGGCAUCUUUAUAGGGAAAGCCGGAGGUACCGACCUGCCCAGCUUUGUGCGUCACCCUGUGGUGUCUUUGUCAGAAAACUAUUAG